CACUAUCCACUUACAGAAAGUCGGAUUACAUUUCACUGGUAGGAAGCCCUUAGCUUAUCUUUCCCCAAAAAAGGCAGUCAGCAGGCAGCACAUCCUUCAAAAAAACAAAACACACACACGUCUCAGGCCAAUGGCCGUGUCUUCCACUACCGCGACAGUCUGCACUUCCCGGAAAGAUUUCUCGUCUCUGAAGCCAGUAAACGUUACUGCCAUAUUCGUAAAUUCCGUCGCUUUUGCAACCAAGCCGAGCAGGAGAUUUCCUCUUCAGAUUCGAGCCUCGAGUGAAGUUUCCGGAGAAACCAGUUCUACUUCCACAGAGGCAGAUACAGAAAGUGCCAUCGAAGCCCCCAAAGGAACACCUUCCUUGAUUUCUGCGCUUAACGUCGAAAGAGCUCUUCGUGGCAUACCAAUAACAGACGUGGAUCACUAUGGUACACUUGGAUUACGAAGAGAUUGUUCUCUCGAGCAGGUUUUAGUUGCAUACAAAAGCAAGGCUGAGGAAUUGAGGAAUCAGGGGUUAGAUGAAGAAGAACUCGACAAGAAACUUGAACUUUUAAGAGAAUCAUACAUAAUUUUGUCAUCAGAAGAAGAGAGAAGAAUGUAUGAUUGGAGCUUGGCUAGGAGUGAAAAGGCAGACACAUAUGUUUGGCCCUUUGAGGUUGACGAAACACCAACUUCCAAAGAGUCUCCUCCCAUAUUGCAGGAACCAGAGGAUGUGGGGCCAACGAGAUUGGUGGGAUAUUUCAUAUUAGGGUGGAUCGUAUUGUCCUUCGCAUUAUCUAUCGCCCUUAAUCUGUAGAAAAUGCAUGUUGGAUUAUUGCGAGUACAAUGCAUAAUUUCACGGUACGUACGUAGGACGAAAUUAAAAGAAAAUGAUCAAGCUCGAUGCCCCUCGAAGUUUAUCAUCGAUCCAACAGACGCUUAGGGUACUUUUAGAAAGAUGUUUGUCUUUGUAUAUGGAAAAGCAUUUUCCCUACUUGAUAAAUCUACCUCGAUCAUUUACAACU